CCGCCGCACGCACGCACGCACGCACGCAUCCCCGCUUCGCCUUCCUUCUUGAACCCUCUCCCUCGCCACGCCACGCUACGCAUGGCAUCGCGUGAUCCUUCUCCCCCAUAUUAUUACUAUUAUUAUUAUUAUUUUUUUAUUAUUUUUAUUUUUGGUUUCUUCUUCUUAUGCUCCUGCUAUAUUAGGUCUCUUUAGCUUCGACAUUUUCGAUCGUGGUCUCUCUCGAUGGAAAUCCAUGGGCUCUCCGUGGAGCUGGGCCUCGUCCCUCUCCUCCGCCUCGCGUGGGUCGCGGCGACGUUGCCCAUCCUCGUCGCCUCCCUUCCGCUUCCGCCCACCGGAUUUGCGCACCGGAUCGUCGCGAGAAUCGGCGGAAGGGGGAAGAUCGUGAAGCCUUCUGCCAGUAACGGGAAUUGGAUCACAGAACACCACUUGCUCCAAAACAUGAAGUUCACAGUUCCACAAAGAUUCUUCUUGCAUUUUUAUGUGGUGGGUGUGGUGUUGACAACACUAGUGUUGCUAUUGAUAUGGUUCUACGCAUAUAAGGAAAUGACUCCAGUAUUCCCUGAUUUGUUACACUAUUCAACGAUUACCAGCCAACUAACUGGAGGCUCUCAUGUAUUUUCAAUUCAUAAAGGUCCUUCACAUACUGUGGAGCAUAAGCAUCAUGUUUGGCAAACUGUGUUUGUGCUGUUAUUAAUGGAGAUUCAACUCUUAAGACGUUUGUAUGAGACAAUAAACGUGUUCCAUUAUGGGCCAUCAGCUCAAAUGCACAUAUUUGGCUAUCUCGCUGGUUUAUUCUUUUAUAUUGCAGCACCUUUAUCUCUUGGUAGCUCAUGUCUUUUGGAGGCAUUGAAUUAUGCUCGUGGUCAAAUUGCUGAGUUCAUUGUCAAAGGUAGAGCAAGAAUGCCAGAUAUAGAGGUUGAUUGGUUAGGAUUGUUAAAGCCUCUUCUAAAUUUGGGAUGGUGCCAGUGGGUUGCUGCGGCUAUCUUUAGCUGGGGUUGGCUUCAUCAGCUACAUUGCCAUAUGAUUCUUGGCUCUUUGAGAGAAAACAAAGGAGCUGAUGAAUAUGUGAUUCCUCAUGGUGACUGGUUCAGAUAUGUUUCUUGUCCACAUUACCUUGCUGAAAUAGUAGUCUAUGCAGGGAUUUUGGUGGCAAGUGGCGGCUUCGAUAUCACUGUGUGGCUUCUUUUUUCAUUUGUGCUUGUCUAUCCAGGUAGCCAACCUAGUCUUUGCUGCAGCAGAAACUCAUAGAUGGUAUCAUCAAAAGUUCGAUGAUUAUCCACAAUCCCGUCGUGCUAUAAUCCCAUUUGUUUAUUAGGGGUGUAUGAAAAUGGGCGAGUUGCUUGAGGAUAGUGUAUCUUGCUAGCGACCGGAGCAGAGCCAAACAUUUCUUUUCUUGUGUUUGGACAUGGUCAUGCAGUGUACAAAAUACAUAUCGGCGGUCACACUCCAAACUUGUGUGGUCGAACUACAACCUGCAGAAUACAAUAUUAUGUUGUAUGUUCCACAUUGCACAAAUUAUGUGUUAAUCGACUCGAAUUGUGAUUGAAUUGUCACUUUCAACCUUUUCGAGUGGGAACGCUAAUCAAAAUGGAAUGCUUUCCUCAAAAAUAGCAGGAAACUCUAAACUUUAGACGGUUGUGAUUACUGGAAAUAAAAUGUAUGCCUCUGUUUUGUUUCUGAUCAAGUGUUCUAGUGUAUAUAAUGUAAUCCUUUCUUUUAACAUGUAAUGAAUUUUAGCAAUAUUUUCUAUAUUACUUGCUGGUCAACUGCAAA